UAAUUUUCACGUGGACAUGUUUUUGAAUUCAUGCUUUGAACAUUUCCAGCUUUCAAAAGCUUUCCAACGAAAUAUUAUUCAUUGCCAGGGUUUAUCAAUGUACCUCUGUACUGUCUAUCAUAAUUUGGUUGUGUUUUUUUUGUAAACGUUGAAGAGUAAUUUUCAAGGCGUUUUGUCGAGAAUCCAAAAUGGGUCUAGAAGAAAAGAUGUCGGAUAUAUCUUCGUGGUUCUAUCGUGGGGAAGGUAAUGAUACUAUGGUUGUUGGACUCCGGGGACAAAACCUUGUGUUAAGGUUGAAAAAAAGAUACAGACAGAAGACUGGAAGCAUCAAAGAUCAGAAUUAUUCAAUGAAUGGUAGUGCUGAGCAGCAUGACAACUCUCUGGACUUCUCUAAAAAUGUCUUCCUGCCUCUUAUGGGCGGGAAAUACGUGCGAGUUGGUGAGAUAGUGCGCUUACCACAUGGUUUUGCAGCUCAACUUGAUAUUGUGUGUGAACCUUUCAGGCCUAAACAUAGGCUUCAUAAGGGCAUAGAUACCAGUGCAGCCACAGCUAUUGCCAUGGCUGACUUUUGUCAUUUGCCAGAGGACAUACCAUGGAAUCCACAUCUUGGUGUAACAGAAAAAGUACAAGACACUCGUGUUGCUGAAAAUGCAUCUAGUAAACCAACAUUUUCAGUCGAAAUCAAGCCAAAAUGUGGCUUUAUACCAUUUUCAACUUACAUAAAGAAAGAACAUUUUGUCAAGCUUUCAACCUGUCAUUACUGCAUGCUACAACGAAUGAAGGUUGCAGAGGGAAAAUAUCCCAGACCAAGUCAAUACUGUCCUGUAAAUCUAUUUUCUGGUGACAUAAGUCGUGUGUUUUGUGCUUUGCAAUCACUAGUUUUUGAUCCUCAGAAUAAUUUAAGGAUCUUCAAGGAUGGCUUCCCAAUUUUUACUGAAGAAAUUGCCCAAGAUGCUAUCAAGAAUGAAGGUGUGUGCUGCUCGGCAUAUGUACUGGAAAGGAAUUUAAUCAACUGUGGAUGGACACAAGUCAGUAUUCCUACUCAUCUUCAAAGCUCCCUUGAGACUCACAACUGCGAUACAUUAGGCCUCUGCUCUAAUAGUUUCAUGAAAAAUGUUCUUCAAAUUCUUGUCCAUGAUUCAAACAUUACCAGUCACAAAAUUCCCCAGACUACAGAAUUUCACAAUCAAGUUUGUGAAGGACAGGGUCCAGUAAGUCAUAUCCAAGAUACUUUCAAAGAGAAUAAGGRAGUAAUGACUUUUGGGCGUGGUGGAGUGUUAGCAUGGUUGCACCUAGUGCAAAGAAUGGAUGACGUUGAUGUCGAGGGGCUAUUCCCCUUGUAUAUAAAGAUAAAUAAGUACUUUGAGCAUAAUCCCAAAGAAAGGGGAAUAUUCUCAGUGGAUGGGCCUUAUGAUACAGGCAUUUGGACUGACGUCAGCAGGUCAAAUUCAGUGGAUAAAGCUCAUGGGAUCCAUUUGCCAAAACUGAACAAGAUAGAAUCGUGGUCAACAAGAGACAUUGUUUUCAAGAUUUGUCAGUUUGCUGUUGCUAGCACAGCUAAAGAUUGCUCUAUGAUGCUCACUUUCCAAAGACAUCAUAAUCAGCCCAAACAUUUACCAUUCAUAGAAGAUGACACUUGUGGGUCUAAAGUAUACAUUUUGUAUAACAUAGAUCUGGUAGAUUUGGACCCCAAGGAGUUUGACAGAGUUCAAAAAUAUUACAGUGACAGCUGCAAUGCUGUCAGGCACUAUUUAAAAGCCCUUUAAACAAUGUAAACAAUAUGGCAGAAAUGGAGUAAGAAAAUGGACAAGCAUUUGAGAAUUCAACAAGUACUUAUCCAUUAGCUUACCAUUUGUACAAUGAAUAUUUUUGAUACAAUGACAAAGUUACUAAUUUUGGACUGUCUAAUUUUGUAACCGCUUUUCAUGGAAAAGAAAUCCAGCCUAUCACAGGAAAGCAUUCCGAGACUAAUGAUAAUGAAGACUACGAGUAACAGGGUCAGUCAAGAGGAAAAACCAACAUGUGGGACACUGACAUUGAGCAUUGUUGAAUACACUUGGAUUUAGAAACAAUGAAAAAAAAUAUUACAAUAAAUAUAUUUUAUGUCUUAA